GUCCCAUUUAUUUCUUUGUGUGUCACGUGUGAUUCCCCGCAAAAGAAACAAACGAGUGGCAGUACGCACCCAAAUAUGAACAAGGUCACCUGCCCCAGAAAUUUGGGAAAUCUUGAUCCGAUCAUAUAUAUGUAUAUUUAACUGUCUAAAUAAUUCAAAAUAUCCCUAAUAUGGAUACGUAUUGCAUCCCUAAUACAGCUAAUUAAUUUUUAUGUUUAACCGAUUGCUAUUUUUUUCUUUGAUCAAAACAUAAUUAAGUGGAUUUAUUAUUACUAAAAGACAGAAAAGGGUUUCCUGCAGGCAGGUACAACGUGCGAGUGUCCGGCAAGCAAACAAAAAAGAUCGGCACCCAAAUUUGGAAUCUUGAUAUGAUCUUAUACAAAUGUGUAAACAAUUCAUUGUAGCCCUAGCACCAGGGGAUAGUUAUUUUUGACAAACAAGCCAACAAAAGAUCUGAGUUUAAUUAUUUUGAUUCGACAUGGGCAAAUAUAAGAAAAACUAAACCGUUUAUAAGAUUUUUGAGCAUCCCGUUCCCGUCUAUCUGUCACAAUUCAUAUAUUUUAAUUAAUUCUUUCUCAAUUUAUUUUUCAAAUUUAUAACUCAACCACUAAAAAAAAUUAUGAUGGUAGGAAGGCUAAUUUAAUUUCUGUAGGCUCCGUUUCAGUUGGGCGCUAUUGGGAUGCAAACAGUGGCUCAACUUUGAAAUACAGGUAAAUUUACAUGUAAAAUUCGUACAAAUUUAGGAAAUAGACUAGUUGCUAGCUAAGGCUUUAGACCCCUUCCUAAUUAUGACAAUUCAAAGGCAACUCCCCUCAUUUAGAUUUCUGGCUCCGACCGUCAUUGGAUGCUAGACAAGUACUUGGACUCCCUUUGUUAUAGUAAAUGGUAUAAGAUCUAUAACUGAACCUCUUCUAACAAUUCGAGUUAUUGAAAGCAACUAGUUCUUAACAUGAUACGAGAGUCUGGCUCAUCAGCCAUCACCCGACAACCACGACUUCACUGUACCUCAUGGACCAAACGAGUACCCUCUGGCGGUCGAUGGUGCAACACAGGCCCUAUCGAGCGGUGUUGUUGGUAUUGUAGGUUUUGACAACAACUAUAUCGCAGGUGUCGUAAUGUGUUGCACUUAUUUGGCUUGUCCUCAAAGCUGGAGAUGAACCUCGGCUCCAGAUUGAAAAAGUCCCUAACAUAGAUAACACGACAAAACUCAUUGAAUUUAAAAUUUUGACUACUAUCGUACAAGGUAAAAGAGAAGAAGCAAAAGAACUGAAAGCAACAAACUUGAAAUGUAUCAGCGGCAGCCUUAAGAAAGAGGGAAAAGGAAGCUGAAGCAGAGAUGAGGUGGCGGAGAUUUUGCAAUUUUAUUGACUUCUCACUUUGCAUGCACCAUUUCCGGCCCGUAUGGGCGUCUUCCUAUUCUACACAUCUUAGGAGCCCAACGAUCGCCGUGUUGGAAAAUAAUAUGGGAGCCAAGUGGUUAAGUAAUUGAACCUGUUUAAGGUUGAUUAAACUUGGCCAAUGUUUCAUUUUAAACCAACGUUCCUUUAGGUUUGAAAUUAUCAAACCUUCCCCGUCCCACAAAUUUACACAUGUGAUGCCAUGGUUUCAUUUUGGAUAAAUUCGAACCAAGUAAUGCAAGAUCCAUGCAUUAGGGCACGUGGUGCCAUGGUGUUGUUUUGUCCAAUUUUGAAUGAAGUAAUGUAAUGCUUCAUGAAUGGUGGUAAUUAUAUGUUUACAGUGAAUCCAUGCAUGUAUUUAUCCAUUUUGAAAAUUAUGCACGUGGCUCUUUGUCCAAGCAAUGCAACGCUUGAUAAAGUUGCUUAUUUGCAUGGGAUAAAUGGAUAGCAAUGUUUGCGUUGAAGGAUUCAUGAAACCAUGUCAUGUUUCAGAAAUAGGCGGUUGAUGAUGAACCGUUAUAUUGUUUCAGAAUGGACACUAUGGGUGGUCGGGUUGUGGGUAAGGCACACCAAAAUUGAUACUUCUUCCUAUUAAACUUCUAAGUAUGCUUUAGUUUCAACGAAAUACUUUUCGUUAUCAACGAUUUAUUGUAUUGUCAUUAAAAGUUUGGUGUUGAGGCGUGAAUGUUGGUUUAAUUGAGCUAAUAUUUUUAUAGACAAUGGUUUUUGACUGAAUCACACAGGUGCACUAUGUCACAAGUAUCCAAAAUGUUGGAAAUCAGUAUUGUGCUUUUAUGAUCAUUGAGAAUGAUAAUGUAAAGCAAUAUUAAUUGAUCAUAAAUGUUAAUAAUGUCAUUAGAAAUCAUUGGAUGAGGCCAUGACUAGAUAGUUAUAAACAUGAUGUGGAAAUGUUAAUCAUAAGUACUAAAGAUGUUGUAAAUCAAUGAUAUUGUUAUUCAAAUUGUUAAUGACCAUAUUACAUAACUUUAAUGAUUCAUUCAUUGGCGUUGAUGACGAAACUAUAAAACAGUAACAAUUUAUCCAAAUUGUUAAUAAUGUAAUUGUAAGGAAUUGAUAAGUAUAUUGAAGUCGUUAAUUAAUAAUGAUGAGGUAUAAUAACAACGAUUCAUUUCAUAAAUAUUGAUAAUGUCACUGCAAAAUGUUAAUACUGUAUUGCAAGUUGUCACGAAGUGAGAGAGAGUAUAUAUUUUUCUUUUUCAUUUUUCAUUUUAAAAAAUUAAAAAUUAAAAAUAUUAAGUUCGAAUUUAUUAAAUAUUAAAUAAUAAUAUUUAAUUAAAUUAAUUUUGAAUUUCCUUCUAAUUGUAGUGGAGAGAGAGGGUUAUGGAGAAGAUCAAGUGGGAGCGAGAAAGAGAAUCAUUAAUGAGUAAUAUUAAUUAUAUUUUCAUAAUAUCUUAUUUAUUCCAACUAACUAUUAACUGCUAACCCCUUAUUACCUACCUAAUCUAGGUACAGCCAAUAAAAAUGGUUUAAGAACCUUCUUAAACAAUGAGACUUAAGGACCAUAUCCAACCCGAGUCUCAUCACAUCCGUUAGAUAAGUUUACAAGUGUAGUAAGACAUGCACGUGUCACCAUGCUAGCUAAUAAAACGCAGUACUAGAGUACAUAUUUCUUUUCAUUCUGAAAAAUCACAUUUCAAUAAUAAUAAUUAUUAUAUUUAUUAUUAAUAGUGCAAGUUUGUCUCUUAAUUAUGUUACUGUUCUUUACGAAGUUUUAGCAAGCUUACUUUUUAUAACUUGAUUUUAUUAUUAGACCACACAUUAUAGAAGUUUUACGUCACACUGUUUUACAACAGUUACAAAAACAUAUACGUCAUACAUUACGUAAAGUUAUAGAUAUAGAGUUAUUUCUUAUGUAUCAAUUAAAUAAAACAUAUUUGUUAAGUUUUCAUAAUGAUUAAAACACUAUAUAAAGUUUUCUGGAUGGAUAGUCAUUUCUUAUGUAUCAAUUAAAUAGGUAUAUUAAGUAAUUCUUUUGUGGUAUAAGUUUGAACAAAAAAUAAUUAUUAUUAAUCAAGAUGUUAAUCAUCUCACCAAUUUGCAUCACACAAAAACUAUGUUAGGCCAUUUAUUUUCAUCUUUUUUGUAACUUAAUUAUUUUAUUAUUAAAUCAAAUUCCUUAUUAUUACAUAUAGCAUCCACCAUCUCAUCAAUUUGUCUUACACAAAUGUUCGUAAGAUAAGUUUACAUAACAAUUUAAUCAAAUGUGAUAUUUUUUCCAAUGUUUUUCUUCCGGAAGGAUGAUUCAAUCAAUAGCACAGCAUGGAGGAGGGAAUGAAUGCUUCAGUUAAAAAGAUGCGCGUUGAUCUCUCUUAUGAGAUUGAGAGUUACCUUGCAAAGAAGCGAUGACUUUAUUAUUAGACCACAACUUACAAAAUAUUUACGUAAUACCAUUCUAUAACAAUUAUGUAAAUUAGAAAUACACGGCGUGAAAUUUAUGGAGGGAUAGUUAUCUCUUAUGUAUCAAUGUGUAUUGUGUAAGCUUAUGAUUAAGACAGUACAUAAAUUUUAUGGAUUUAUCUCUUAUGUAUCUUUUAAACUAUAUUUUGAAUUAUUUAAUUUCAACUAAAUCAUUAAAACCGCUGCAGAGCGCGGGCUAACAAACUAAAAAUAUAUUAUUAUUAUUAUUAUUAUAAGUACACUGUUUCAUACGAUUUUUCCGAAGCAAUAGCCACUGUUCAUAACUCAUAAGGGUUUUUUUACGCUUCAUGGAAAUCUAUUCUUUUCUGUCAAAAUUUUAAAGCCGCUAGCCAAGCAAGCAGCUCUUUUCUCCUCCAUCCCAAUUCUUUUCGCACCUCGCCCUCAUCAUCCCAAUUCUCAAUGUAUGGUCAAGCUGUGACAAUUAAACUAAGAGUUGAUAGCAUUUUGUACCCUCUAUUAUUGUAAAUUAACAAAACGUACAUUUUUACUAAUUUUUUGUACAUACUUUUCUAGUAUUAUAAUGUAACGAAUAUAUUCUUUCUUCUAAUUUUCUGUAACAUGAACGUUUAGUGGGCUGACCCUAAAAACAAUAACAUACUGAUAUAGUCCCAACCAAAAUUGAUAAUUGAAACGGUUAGAGGUUGCUUACAGUUUAGGGUGCUCUCACCCUUUAUUGAUGAAUAAACUCUAAUUCAAAAAAAAAAAAAUGAUAGACGCCGAAGCGUGUUAUAAGGAUCUCGGAUGCGAGUCCACUGCGUAAUUACCGAGAUGUCGGUGAUUGGCCGAUCCAGCUAUGGUAUUUGCACAAUUUUUCGUCCUAUGGUUCGUACACCUUUUCUUACGGUUAGUAGACGUUAUUAUUCUUAGUAUGACAAGCUAAAUAUUGGGACUUGUGAUGAACACGUUCACAUAAUUAAUGUAGCUCGCACUAUAUAUUUGGAACAUUCAUUGUAGAGAAUAUAUAUUUGUAUAUGUACGUUAUAUAAAUAUUAUCUAUUUUUGUUUCGAAAAAUCGUGUAAACAAUAUCCAUUUUCUACUUGAUGUUAUUGAAAAAUAAAUAUUAUAAACAAGAUUUAUUAACAAUAGUUUAGAAAAAAGUGUACAAGCCUUUUAUUUCAAAACUUGUGUAAAUAUUAUCUAAUUUCGUUCUGAAAAUCGGGUAAACAAUUGAAUUAUUUGGAUAUGGUAAUUGCCGAGAGCUUAAGGUUACACCCUCCGGCUCCUUUGCUUCUUCCGAGACAAAAUAGAGAUCGUAAGGUGGAGUUCGGCUCAUAUGAGGUCCCUGUCAAUACCAGUGUCAUCGUGAGCGCCUGGGCGAUCAACCGAGAUCCUCGUUACUGGACGGAGCCAGAUAGGUUCUUGCCCGAGAGAUUUAUGGACCGCUCUAUUGAUUCCCACGGAACCGAUUUCACAUAAUGUAGCUCGCACUAUAUAUUUCGAACAUUCUUUGUAAAGAACAUGAUAUUCAUGUUGUGUGCAUAUUCCAAUUUUAUGAUCAUGCAAAUACUGAACUAUGUUAUGUAAAUAUUAAAUAUUAUCUAAUUUUGUUUAGAAAUCGUGUAAACAAUAUCGAUUUCCCCGCAAGUAUGGACGGUUGACCAUGUGGUAACUUAGAUCCGAAUCUUUUGAUUAAGCAACUUGGCACGUGGAUGCUAUUGAUUCCCCCGCCGGAAUCUAUCGGAGGAUGGAGCAUGAUCCGGAUUAUUUGAUUAAAUAAUGUUUCAAACUGUUCGAUCCAUUUUCCUAGUUUGGCAGAUUCUCCGGCUGAACUCGAUCAGCGGGUGAUGGCGUGGCAGUCGAGAAAUGUAUGAUUUCCCGGCAGAACUCCAUCCAUCGGCGGGUGCUUGCUAGUGUGGCAGUCGAGAAAAGCAACACCACGUGAAUGUCUUAAUUUGCGGCAAAUUAUAUUGCCUAAUUUGGUUUCUAAAUUGCCUUAAUUAGCAGCAGCAAAUUGCCUAAUUAGUUAUUACAACUUCAGACCAUGGUAAAGGAAACCAUACCGGACAUCAUACCGGAUUCUUUUCUGGUAUGUUAUUUUUUGGUACGACCGUGGUUCAACCGUUUUAUACCGGUAAAUACCGUUUUUCACUAUUGAUAGAGAAAUGAAAUGCGAUAGUAUAAAAAAUAUAAUCCAUCAAAAAAAGAACCAAAUAGAGCAUUAUACAACCACGGUGACCCAUUUUCAACAUAGAAAAAUAGCAAAAUAAUAAUUUUUUUAAUUAUUUUCCACAUAUUGGACGAGAAUACGGAGAAAUGAAGCUGAAUCAUAGACCAGGAAACCGGAUCGUACCGGCCGGUUCAACCGGUUCAACCGGUCAAACCGAAAAAACCAACCGGUACGGUAAAAUCAGCACAAUCAGCCCACCGUACCGCUUUUGGUCCAAUUUCCGGUUGAACCGGCCGGUACGAUCCGGUUUCCUGGUCUAUGCUUCAGACUUGUAAGUAGAGGUGUCAAUUUUAAUCCAAUCCACCAAUCCAAUCCAUCAAUCCAUUAAAAAUAUUCACAUAAUCCAAUCCAUUUUAUCCAAAUCCAAUUGGAUUGGUUGAUUCAUGGAUUGGAUCCAUGGAUCAUUGGCAAAUUACGGUUUAGUACCUAUAAUUUUUAUUUUUUACAUUUUGGUACCGAAAAUUUAAUUUUUUAUACGAAAAUAUCAUUGGAAAAUUACGUUUUGGUACCUAAAAUUUUUCAUUAUGACAUUUUAGUACCUAAACUUUUUACAUAUUGGUCCUUGAUUGAGGAUGUCAUUUGGAUUCAUGGAUAAUCCACCAAUCCACUUGAUCCAAUCCAUGAAUCCACCAAUCCAUUAGAUCCAAUCCAUUUAAUCCAUGGAUCCACCAAUCCAAUCCACCAAUCCACCAAUCCAAUCCAUUUGCCACCUCUACUUGUAAGACCAUCUUUAGCGUUGUUCUAAAAGUCCAAAAAUUUGGACUCAAAGCUCUUUAGUAGAGUUUCAAAAGCCAAAAAGUUCCAUUUUUUCUAGUUUUUUGUUCUAAAUCUGGACCAGAAGAAGCAGACAAGAAGUUCCAAAAUUUUGGGACCACCAGGGCAAGGGACGGACAACGCGCUUGGGGGCCAACACAUUUCUGCUUGGGGUUUGGACCAAUCAAUGAGCGCGUGCUGUGACGUCCUUGCAUGUUGAUCUCUUUAAUUGAGAGUGAGACCCUCUCCCCAUCCACUCUCUCUUUUUCCCUCCAUAUAUAUUAGUUAUGGUCCGAAUUCAAAAAAAAAUGUAUCUUAAUUUUCCAGGUCAAGAAAUUUGAAAUAAGACUCUUAUUUUUCAAUUUUAUCAUUAUAUUAUGUGUAAAUUUGUCACGAAAAAAUUAUUAUACUCGUCACAAAGGUCCAUGUUUUGGUUACACUUAUGUAUUUUGUCUAAACUAAACAACACAUACAAUU